GAACGCUGAGACAUAGAAUUCCCAGGAUCAUUACUACAAACGAGGCCCUUUGGUUGGCACUGUUAAAGGGGUCGGAGGGACUCUCGUAGAAAAGGUAUCAGCACGCUUUAAGUUACGUACGUCCCGUUUCAACGAGAUUGUAAUUUCGUAACAAAACAAAAAAACGCUUUAGUCGUAUUAAGUAAUUCAAUAAACAAAAAUUUUAAAUCAAUGGUUAGUGACAUGGAUACUGAAAAAUCUGUUAAGGAAUUAGUAAAAAAGAAAAACGACGCUGCUAAGAAGUUUUAUUUAGAGAAAGACUAUAAAGAAGCAUUAAAGAAAUAUAAUGAACUCAUUGAAUUAUGCCCAAAUGAUUCUCGAUACUAUGGAAACAGGGCUGCGUGUUACAUGAUGCUUAAUAAAUAUUGCAAUGCUAUAAAAGAUUCAAAGAAAUCUAUUGAACUGGAUAAUAAGUUUUUCAAAGCUUAUGCGAGAAUUAUAAAAUGUUCUUUAAUUUUGGGUGAUAUUAUUCAAGCUGAAACUACUUUAACAAAAUUAUCAACUCUUGAUCCCACCAAUAAAGCAAUAAAUACAGAGAAAGAAGAGAUACAAUAUGUACAAAGAUAUCUGAAAGAAGCAGAUGUUGCAUAUGCCAAACAGGAUUUCCGUAAGGUUGUUUAUUGUAUGGAUCGUUGUUGCAGUAUUAGUACUUCUUGUCCCAGGUUCAAAAUAACUAAAGCAGAAUGUCUAGCACUUUUAGGAAGAUAUCAAGAAGCUCAAGAAAUCGCGAACGAUAUCUUGCACAUUGACAAACAAAAUGUGGAUGCUCUGUAUGUCCGUGCUAUGUGUUUGUACUUUCAAGAUAAUAUUGACAAAGCGUUUGCACAUUUUCAACAAGUACUUAGAUUGGCUCCAGAUCAUGCUAAGGCAUUAGAACUAUACAAGCGAGCUAAAAACUUAAAGAAAAAGAAGGAAGAAGGAAACGCUGCAUACAAACAGAAUCAAUAUCAAACAGCAUAUACACUGUAUACAGAAGCAUUGACUAUAGAUCCCCAGAAUGUAGCAACAAAUGCAAAACUUCAUUUUAAUAAAGCAACAGCUGCCGCAAAGUGCGGUCUUUUGCAAGAAGCAAUAUCGGAAUGUACAGAAGCAUUAAAGUUAGAUCCAAAUUAUUUAAAAGCUCUUCUAAGAAGAGCAUCCACAUACAUGAUACUUGAAGACUAUGAACAAGCUGUUCAAGAUCUUGAGAAAGUGUCUAAAAUGAGUAACAAUCGAGAACACAAACGGUUAUUUAUGGAAGCUAAAUUAGCACUGAAUAAAUCGAAGAGAAAAGACUAUUAUAAGAUUUUAGGUAUUGAUAAAAAUGCGUCGACCGAUGACAUAAAAAAGGCGUAUAGGAAAAGAGCCAUGGUACAUCAUCCAGAUCGACAUUCGAAUGCAACGGAAGGAGAGAAAAAGGAACAAGAGAAGAAGUUUAAAGAAGUUGGAGAAGCUUAUGGAAUCUUAUCAGACCCUAAAAAGAGAUCGCGGUAUGAUAAUGGACACGACAUAAAUGAUAUUGACGGUGGAUUCCAAGACAUUGAUCCAAAUGCAGUUUAUCGUACAUUAUUUAAGCAACACUAUUCUCAGAAUCACAUGGGAGGUUUCUCUGGUAAUCGUCCUGGCGUCUUUACCUUCCACUUUGGUUAACGGAUCUUGAGAUAUGCGUCUUUGUAAUUGUAUUAAUGUAGUUAGUAAUCGGUAAUUCAUGUUACUCUAAACAUAAGUAUAUCAGAUUUUCUGUACUUUAUAUUCGUAGUUUUUCCCGUACCACCCGACAUAAAUAAUAUAAAACUUAUUAAAUAAUGUUAUGUAUUUAUUUAAAUAAUUGUAAACAUGUUAUAUAAAUAUAAUAACUCUGUAGAUAUUUUGCAACGCGAUAAGCAUGAAUGAUGAAUGUAAGGAAUUUUCCUUUCGAUUUUGUUUCUUAUAACAGGCUACGAAUUUAUCAAUGUAGGUACUUACGGAAAUUAUAUUUAUGUUCUUUUACCAAUUCAUGACAGGUCUAAAUGAAUUUACAAUAAAGUAAAUAAUACGACCCACGAUAAAUUUUCCGAAUAUGCUUGAAUUUGUUGUUUUCAGGUAUUAUAUAAUUUAUAAAUUGCUAUGAUUAAAUGAUAAGGGAAGAUAAUAAAAAUCGUCUGUAAUUUAUGGUUUCUUACGGAAAUAUGAUACAUUAAAUAUGAUUGUAUUAAAGUAUAGUAAAUUUCUGAGUAUAAUAUUAAAUUAUGUUUAUAGUACUUUAAUAAAAUAAAGAAUGUGAUAGGAAAAUGAAAAUGACAAAAAUAUAAUGCUCAGAAAGUGUAACGACAGACUAUAUUACUUCAUU